AUGCCAGCAACGAACCAAAUAAAACCCAUCGAACUACCUGAGCCUAGCGACGCUGAACUUGAGAACGCCGCUCGAGAACUGGUCCGGUUUAUUCCUAGAUUCCAGUGUGAGAUUAUGACUAUUCUCAGGAACGUUGUCAUCGAUCCAGCAAAGUCCUUUCCAAAAUCCUUCUCGACAACAGACGCAUCAGUCCGAGCCGUUCUCGUCUACAAGAAUGGAUCUGCAGGAGCGGUCCGAGUUACUGGGCCUAAUGCCCCUCUGCCUGUGCCAAAUAUUGUAACCGGACCGGACGAGAUUGGCUUGGAGAUCAUUGAGGUGAAGGAUGGUCAGACUUGUAUGUUUUUCGGCGACCCUGUCGUUCGGUUCUUCCGAUGCAAAGAAGCAUAA